AUGAUUGUGAUUGUUUGCAGGAAUGAAGUAGUAGACGGGCUCUACAACAAACUAUGGGACUCUAUGAAUGUGGCAUAUACAGCAUAUUUCUUCCCGGAAAUGAAGUUCCAGGUGGAAGGUGACCAAGAAUGCCUAGUAGAAAUUGACAAGAAACAUUUGAAAUGGAAUAAUCAAAUAGAUGUUGUCCUUAUUGACUCACUCUUGGACCAAAUGCUCAAAGGGCGAAAAAUUGGUGGUAGUUUUACAUCAUCUGCUUAUAGAGCUGCAAACAAUGCGGUGAGUACCAAGUUUAGUGUACAUUGUGAUUCCAGUCAUGUAAGGAAUUGGUUGAAGACUUUAAAAAGGAAUCUUGCAGUGGCUAAAGAUAUGUUAACAACUGAUAUUGGAUUCAGAUAUAAUCAUUCAACACAAUUGAUUGAAGCUACAGCAGGUGCAAAGCCUAAAGCUUCUCAAUUUCGAUAUGCUCCGAUUCAAAACUUUCAAAAGUUAUGUCAACUCUUCGAAAAGGAUCGAGCAACUGGGAGUCUUGCUAUAGGUCCAAAAGAAAAGCGACUUCAUUGGGCUGGGCCACAAAUUCUUUUGGAUGAUGAAAAUAUUGACCAUACAGAGUCACUCUCAGAGAAUUAUGAUGGGAUUGGAACUCAAGAUGACCAAACUGCUGAAGUAUCUUGUUCCUCUAACUCAAAAAAGAGAAAGAAUAAAUCGGGUGAUACUCUGAGUGAGGAAAUAAGGUCAAUUAAGGAUGGUCUAGAUGCAAUUGCAGCAGCACUUGAUUGUGGUAACCUUCAGAACUUCACAAAUGGACAAUUAUUUGAGGAGAUUGAGAAGGUUAGUGGCAUGAGUGAUGCUUCUCGAAUGAAGGUGUAUCAAGUUCUUGCUAAAGAAGUGAGUGAUGCUCUAGCAUACCUAGAAUGCCCUAUUGAACGCCGAGGUCUUUGGUUGUCUGUUAAAUUUGGAUCUUCAAUCUUUGAUGCAUAG